AUGACGUCUCUUUCUCCAAUUGGGCUGGAAGAACUUCGUGACCGGCAGAAGAAGGAACUCGAUGAGCAAAGAAAUGCUAUGAAUCAAAAAAUAAUGCAACUCAAUCGCCUUUUAACCGCAAAGAAAACCCAGAACAAUAUGCUCCAGUGCUGCCUGGCAAGUCAGACGGAGGAGAGGCAAUACCUGGAGAACAAGUUGACAGAGGACCAGGAGCGACAUAAUAAGGAGAAGAUAAUCUUUUCCAAAAUCUCAUUCUUGGAGAGCAUCGAGGAAGAUUCAAAGAAGAAGAACGUCAACUGA